UCUCUCUCUCUCGCACAUACACACAAACACAUGGAAGCCAAAGAUUACACUCAAGAUGGGUCGGUCGAUCUUCAGGGACGUCCGGUACUUGCCUCUCGAACUGGGAAAUGGAAGGCCUGUGCCUUUCUCGUUGGUUAUGAAGCGUUCGAGAGGAUGGCUUUCUAUGGAAUAGCUUCAAAUUUAGUGAAUUACUUGACAACACAGCUUCAUGAAGACACAGUUUCUUCUGUGACAAAUGUGAAUAACUGGUCUGGAUCAGUUUGGAUAACACCUAUCCUUGGUGCCUACAUUGCAGACUCUUACGUGGGUCGUUUUUGGACCUUCACUAUCUCUUCCCUCAUUUAUGUUCUGGGAAUGGUACUCUUGACAAUGGCAGUCUCACUUAAAUCCCUAAAGCCAACUUGUGCAAAUAGUAUCUGCAACAACAAAGCUUCAGCUUCACAAAUCAUAUACUUCUAUGCAGCUCUCUACAUAAUAGCAAUUGGAGCAGGUGGAACAAAACCAAAUAUAUCCACAUUUGGUGCAGAUCAAUUUGAUGAUUUCAAUCCACAUGAGAAGAAGCUCAAAGCCUCAUUCUUCAAUUGGUGGAUGUUUAGCUCUUUCUUGGGUGCUCUCUUUGCUACAAUGGGACUUGUCUACAUCCAAGAGAACUUAGGUUGGGGAUUGGGUUAUGGAAUCCCUACAGUUGGUCUUAUACUAUCACUCUUCAUCUUCUAUAUGGGGACACAAAAUUACAGGCACAAGGCUAGGAUGAACAAGAACCCUGCAAGGGAUUUAUUCCGAGUUCUGAUCACUGCCUUUGUCAAUCGCAAACUUCUACGACUCCCUACUGAUCCUUCUCAACUACACGAGCUUGAACCACAACAUUACAUGAUCAAUGGAAAACGGCGGGUUCAUCAUACCCCGUCCUUUAGGUUCCUUGAUAAGGCUGCCAUCAAAGAAGGCUCAACCUCAACAAGAUCAUCAUGCACUGUUACUCAAGUUGAAGAAACAAAGCUUGUGUUUGGUAUGACACUUAUCUGGCUAGUCACCUUGAUCCCAAGCACCAUAUGGGCUCAGGUAAACACCCUCUUUGUCAAACAAGGAACAACAUUGGAAAGAAACCUUGGUCCCAACUUCCAAAUUCCAGCUGCUUCACUUGGUAGCUUUGUUACUCUCUCCAUGCUAUUCUCUGUGCCCAUGUAUGAUCGUUACUUCGUUCCGAUCAUGCGGCGCAAAACCGGUAACCCGCGUGGAAUCACUCUCCUCCAAAGGCUUGGUAUUGGGUUUGUGAUUCAAGUUGCAGUCACUUUGAUAGCUUAUGCUGUUGAACUAAAGAGAAUGCAAGUCAUCAAGGAACACAACAUUAUCAUGGCCAAAGAUAUUGUCCCAAUGAGCAUAUUUUGGCUUCUACCUCAAUAUAUCUUAUUAGGGAUUGCAGAUGUGUUUAAUUGCAUUGGUUUACUUGAAUUCUUCUAUGAUCAAUCUCCUCAAGAUAUGCAGAGCCUUGGAACCACAUUCUUCACUAGUGGGAUUGGUGUGGGGAACUUCUUGAAUAGCUUUCUUGUUACAAUGGUGGAUAAGAUAACUGGGAGAGGUGAGAAGAAAAGCUGGAUUGGAAACAACUUGAAUGAUUCUCACUUGGAUUACUAUUAUAGUUUCCUUUUUGUAAUUUCAAUCCUAAAUUUAGGGGCUUUUUUGUGGGUAUCAAAGAAGUAUACCUAUAAAACAGAGGAGAUUGAAGGCAUCAAUGGUAAUGCUUCAUGUGUUCAAAUGGAGGGAAGAGCUCUAGCAGAUACCACUCCUUUAGGUUUGCAGGUUUAAUUAGAAGUGGUAAUGUAUGAUAUUAUAUUUGUAAUGUGUGUGAUGCUUCUUGUAAGUUAAAUU